AUGGCCCUCCGCGAUUCGAGCAAACCGAAGCCGAACUAUCUGGGUUCGCAUGCCAAGGAGGAGAAGCAGUCGGUCUGGAAGAAGAUUAUCAGCCAGGAGAUGAACGAUCCCGAGUGUCGGAAAGCUAACACCGGCAUCCUCGUUGGCUUCGCCGUCUUUUUCUCCUCGAUCGCUUUCUUUAAAGUCGCCGGUGACCUCCUCGUCCCUGCCUUCUGA